AUGGCGACGGGGACGCCACAACAGCUUGUUUAUGGAGCCGUUUUAUUUUACUUUUUGCAAUCCGACGUAUUUCAUUGCCAACCGUUUUCUAUUUCUUUUCAGCAGCCCUCGGAUUGCGGAGCAGAGAGCUAUUUCGAUAUCUCAAGCCUGUCUUGUGGUAAAUGUGGACCAAAUCAAGUCAGCAGUAAGCCUGGAUUGAGCUGUCUGUGUCAAACUGGCUUCAGGGUUCUGUCCAGCAAUGGAGCAUCAAUUACAUGUCAGCAGUGUCCGAACUCCAAACCGGGUAUUACGCAGGACGGCUACGGGUGUAUUCGUUGCCCAGACAGUUUGGGUGAAGACGGUAGAUGCCAGUGUCCUAGGGGGAGGAUAUUGGUGGAGAGGGACUUGAACGGGAACCUUCUAGAAGAAGCCACAUGUGAAAUCUGUAAUGGAGGGGAGCCGGCCUUCUCUGCGCCAGACCCCACAGGAACCAGAUGUGUGAGAUGUGACGACUCGUUCAUCAACACGUCUCUCUCCUGUGCGUGUGGAGCCCCCAAUAUCCUGGCUGGUGGGAUGUGUUUCCCUCCAAACAGUCUGCCGACUUCAGUCAUCUCAAAUGUCAACUUUGCUCAGCUGGCCCUGCCUGUACCGUCCGCCUGGUUCUCAAACUUCCUCUACUCCUCCGCUGCUGCUUGUCUGUUGUUCUCUAACUUGACGGCCUGUCAGACCCUGGGGAACAUGUGUGUGUUAAACAUGCACUCGUCCAGCAGUUUGACCAACGACGCCUGUGGUCUUUACAACACAGUCUACAGAGCUACUGCACCCCAGGGAGUCAGCCAGGACAUCUCUUACUGGAGGGCCAACCUGCCCUGGCUGUACUAUGGAGACCAGCCUGGUCUGGCAUCGCGGGUACUGCGGACAGAUCCUUUACCUGUCAGCUUCAGCUUUAAAGGCUCAAACAAGAACACAGACUUUGAGCUGACUGCUGCAGUGUAUACAGUUGGGGGAGAGUUCACUGGGUGGAAGUCGGUCGGGGCAGGAAACCUGCAGCUUUGUCCGGAUACUGUUGCCAGGCAACAAGCAACAUUCACAUUUGGGACUGCCUACAAACAAAGUUGUGUGCUCUCUGUAUCAGAUCUCCUGAGUGGACACCCAGAGCCCCUGUUCUAUGACGUGUUCCUGGUCCUUCCACAGACCACGGAGGGCAGGCGUCUCCUCGCUGUGCCCUCUCUCAUCCUCAACCAACAGUUCAACGGACAGUUUAUCAACCAGGGCACUAACAUGAAUAACUGGUAUCUGACGCGGAGGCUGGUAUUGGUGGAUACACUGAGUGGGAGAGAGAAGAACCUGAAUACAUCACCCAGGGUUAUACGAGUGGCAUCAGAUAUUAAAAUAGGGUUCCAGUUGGUGCCAAACACACAGAGAGGACAAGUGUACCCUCCUCUUAUUACUGUGUCCUACUCAGACAUACUCAUCACUAACCCAGACACACAAACUGUAUCUGUGUCAUUCUCUCUGGAGUAUGAGAUGGAUCAGAAUGAAGCCCGCAUUAAGACUGACAUUGCUUUAGGUGUGUUGGGUGGAGUAGCAGUUGUGCACUCUCUCCUUAAGACAGCGAGCUGGAAGAGACGUAUUGCCUCUCCACUUAUAGACCUGCAGACCAUUAUGAAGUUCCUGUUGUUCUAUGCUGGAGACCUUGCCAAUGUUUUCUUUGUGAUCACCGUGGGAACAGGACUCUACUGGCUUAUCUUUUUCAAGGCCCAGCAGUUUGUGUACGUUCUGUUACCGUUACCUGCUCAGGAGGAGCGAUUUGUGACAUACGUGGGCUGUGCUUUUGCACUAAAGACGUUGCAGUUCAUCCAUAAGCUGCUGGUACAGUUGUCGGUGGAUAUUUUCUUCAUUGACUGGGAAAGACCACGAGGAAAAGGCAGUAAACACAUAGAAGCGUCCGGAGACUCCAAAAACGCCGCCGCCCCGGUCAGCAUCUGGAGGACGUACUUCGUGGCCAACGAGUGGAACGAGAUCCAAACCGUUCGGAAGAUCAACCCCACCUUCCAGGUCAUGACCGUACUGUUUCUCCUGGAGGUGGUGGGUUUCUCCAGCCUGGCUCUGCGGGACCCCUGGUCCACUCUGCAGCGUGCCCCCGAGGCCUACAAACCCCCCUACAGCCUGGUUCUCCGCUUCGGCCUGUCCUGUGCCCUCUGGCUCUGCAUCGGUCUUAUACAGGUGAUCUACUUCACUGUAUUCCAUGAGCGUUUCGUGGAAGAUAAAAUCCGUCAGUUUGUGGAUCUCUGCAGCAUCAGCAAUAUUUCAGUGUUGGCGCUGUCUCAUCGUUGCUUUGGUUACUAUAUCCAUGGCCGCUCUGUCCACGGUCAUGCAGACACCAACAUGGAGGAGAUGAACACUAACCUGAAGAGAGAGGCGGAGAAUCUGUGUGGUCAGAGAGGAUUACUGCCAAACUCAGACACUCAGACCUUUCAGAUCUCCAUAACCAACCGCCUGAGAGGCCACUACGACCGCAUACUGGAGCCUCUGUCCAGAAGGCACGCACCAUCACGAUUGGUCGAUGCUUCCGCCAAUCCUUUUGAACAGAGCACCAAAGCCUACCACAGCAUGAACCGUUUCCUGGGCUCUUUCAUCGACCACGCCCAUAGAGAGCAGGAUUACAUAGUGAAAGACAAGCUUCUGUUUGAGAGAGUCGUCGGCAUGGAGUUUAUUGAAGCAACCGAUAAAAGCAUCUUUUACAACGACGAGUCUUGCUCGUUCAGCGAUAUUCUUUUCUACGGUAACGAGGCGACACUGUUGAUUUUUGACACGUUGUUUUUCUGUGUGGUGGAUUUGGGCAGCCAGAACUUCAUUCUUGCAGCUGUACUCACAUACCUUCAACAACUGGGGUUCAGGACGAUCUGUUAUAACGUGGGCCGCAGAAACCUGGCCAACAAAACACUGGUGGAUAAGAGAUUCCUCAUCUAG